GGAUGAUGAGAACAUGUGCGCGCGGAAAUGUGACAAGGGGCUUUGGCUCAAGCCAUUCUUGGCUUUGGCUCAAGCCAUUCUUGGCUUGGACCCAAGUUGCCUUCUUCAGUCGUUUCCGCGUGGCCAGUCUGAGGACCUCCUUGCGCAUUUCGCUGCAAUGGCAAAUGAGACGUAUGGCGGCGGCAUCUACCAGAACCCGAUGAACCCCAAGGAGAUCUGGGCCAACAUUUGUGAGAAUGCGCAGGGAAACCAGCUAUUCCCGCUGUGGGAACCCGCACUUGGGGCAUACGUGUCUGAGGGCGACUACAAUAAGAUCAUGGACGCCCUCCGGUCCGAGUUUGCAAACACCCCACCCCGAAUUUUCACUUACAAGUUUGCUCCUAUCUGCUCUGCUACUUACGCUGGGAAUCCUCUCCUGUCCUGUGUGCUAUGAGAAAAUGAAGAUCAACUGGUUCAAUGCGAAGCUGAAGGAGCUUCCCGGCAGUCUGGGAUUGACUGGGGUUCGCAUUGAGUUGACGGAGGUGUCGGGCUUCGAGGAGAAUUGAGUGGAUUCGAAAGGGCAGCCUUUGAUGUGCCUGCGGAGGCAGCAUGGGGCCCGCCUUCACCCUAGGGGGCCACCUCGGGGCUACAACGUCAUUUUUACCUUGCCGGUAAGUCUGUCAUGGCCGCCCAAUGGCGCGCCAGGACAACACAUGAUGGCGGCCCCAACGACCGCCGUUGUCAUUGGGGCUCAAUACGACGCCCAGAAGAUCAUGUCGCUCAAGCAGUUGCUCGACGCAGGUGCGCUUACUCAGGAAGAGUUCGACGCGAAAAAGCAGCAGCUCAUGGAUCAGAUGUGAGCGUGGUGACAUCUAUGGGGCCUCAGCUGGAUACCAGUGUAAAGCCGCCAGCGCCGUAGAAUCUGAGGCCUCAACCGCACUUUCUUUUUUUACUUACCAGCGAAGACUGAUAGGUUUCUAAUGGUCUCAAAAGAAAGCAUCAUGACUCCCCAGGGGGGGUCUGGGCAGGAUCCGGGGAGAAUCCGCGGAAGUCGUUUUAAGCAAACAGUUACACACUUCGUGGUCUUCGAAGUCCCAGAACUCCAUUCUGGGGACACAUUCUGAAU